GGAAUAUCUUGACAACAUAACAGCAAUUGGGCCCAGAACAGUUGGAAGUCCAGAAAAUGAAGUUCUUGCAGUUAACUACCUCUUAAAACAAAUCAGGGCAAUAGAAAGAGAGAGCACAGAUGCUCACAAGAUAUCUGUAGACAUACAGAGGCCCACAGGUUCCUUCAGCAUUGACUUUUUAGGAGGCUUUACUAGUUACUAUGCAAACAUAACCAAUGUUGUAGUGAAGUUGGAACCCCGAAACGGAGCUGAGCAUGCAGUGUUAUCCAAUUGCCACUUUGAUUCCGUACCAAAUACCCCGGGUGCCAGUGACGAUGCUGUUAGCUGCGCAGUGAUGCUUGAAAUACUUAACACACUUUCAAAAUCAUCAGAGCCCUUGCAACAUGCUGUCAUAUUCUUAUUUAAUGGUGCAGAAGAGAAUAUUUUGCAGGCUAGUCACGGCUUCAUUACACAACAUGAGUGGGCCAAGUCAAUUAGAGCUUUUAUUAACCUGGAGGCAGCAGGUGUGGGAGGAAAAGAACUUGUUUUUCAAACAGGACCUGAGAAUCCUUGGUUGGUACAAGCGUACGUAGUUGCAGCCAAACAUCCCUUUGCUUCUGUGGUGGCACAGGAAAUAUUUCAGAGUGGCAUUAUCCCAGCAGAUACAGACUUCCGUAUCUACAGGGAUUUUGGCAAUGUUCCAGGAAUAGAUUUGGCUUUUAUUGAGAACGGCUACAUUUAUCAUACAAAAUAUGACACAUCAGACAGAAUUUUAACAGAUUCCAUUCAGAGAGCAGGUGACAAUAUUCUAGCUGUCCUAAAAUAUCUAGCAACAUCAGAUAAGUUGGCUAAGUCUUUUGAGUAUCGACAUGGAAAUGUGGUGUUCUUUGAUGUACUUGGCUUAUUUGUUCUGGCUUAUCCUGCUCGUGUUGGCACCAUCUUGAACUGUAUUACAGCAGCAAUUGCUUUUCUUUACUUAAGCAAGAAAGUACUUCAGCCCAAAACAAGAGGUAAGACUAGUUUUUAA